AGCGCUGCGGGCAGGGCGCUGCCGGCGGCCGCGGGCGCCAACGCCCCUUCCCUGAGGGCGGUAAAGCCGCCGCGGCAGGCGGCCAGCCGGGCAGUGCCGCUGCCGCCCGGGUCGCGGCCCGGCGCUACCCGCUCCCGCCGCAGGAACUACAGCUCCCAGCGGGCUGCGGACAGAGGGGCCCGGCCGGCUCCGUGCCCCUCUCCCGGCGUGCUGGUGGGCGGCGUGGCGUGGCGCGGCGUGGACGGUGCCGGUCCCCGCUCCGACCGCGGCAGCCAUUAUGCUGCUUGAAGUAUUCCUGGUUCUGGGGACAGUCAUCAUUUACUUCUUACUUUCCAAGAAGAAAGAAGAGACAUUACCAUUCCAAGAAGGAUGGUGGGGCAAGGGACAAAAGCCUGAGGCUGAAGAAGAUACAACUAUUCGGCCAUUUAAGGUGGAAACUACAGAAGAAGAGCUGAGCGACUUAUUUAGGAGACUUGACCAGGCUCGAUUCACUGAGCCACUGGAGAACAGUUGCUUCCAUUAUGGGACUAACUCAGUGUAUCUCAGGAAGGUUGUCCGCUACUGGAAAAACCAGUUCAAUUGGAAGAAACAAGUUGAAGUCCUCAACAAGUACCCGCAAUUCAAAACUAGGAUUCAAGGCAUUGAUAUCCAUUUUGUUCACGUAAAGCCUCCUCGUUUGCCUGAAGGCCAGUCUGCAAAACCAUUAUUAAUGGUUCAUGGUUGGCCUGGCUCAUUUUACGAGUUUUACAAAAUUAUCCCUCUCCUGACGGAUCCUGCAAGCAACGGCCUCAGUGAUGAACACAUUUUUGAAGUCAUUUGCCCAUCUAUCCCUGGUUAUGGUUUCUCAGAAGCACCCCACAAAAAAGACUUUAAUUCUGUAAGUGCCGCUUCUAUUUUUUAUGAAUUGAUGCUCAGACUGGGAUUCAGCGAGUUCUACGCACAAGGUGGUGACUGGGGCUGGCUCAUCUGCACCAACCUGGCCCAGAUAGCUCCCAGCCAUAUGAAAGGUCUCCACUUAAAUCUGGCCUCGGUUACGAACGUGGGCUUCGUUCACCUGCUCUCCAUUCUGCUGGGCCGCUAUCUUCCAGGGCUCUUCGGUUUCCAGGAUGAAGAUGUGAGGCGGAUGUUUCCCUUCUUGAAAAAAGGGCUCUACAGGAUCCUGUUGGAGUCUGGCUAUGCUCACAUACAGGCUACAAAGCCCGAUACUGUUGGUAAAACAAGUUGUGGUUUGAACGACUCCCCUGUAGGACUGGCUGCAUACAUCUUGGAGAAGUUUUCUACAUGGACCGAUCUGGAAUUCCGCAAUUUAGAUGAUGGAGGACUAGAGAGGAAGUUUAACCUGGAUGACCUGCUCACCAAUAUCAUGAUUUACUGGGUGUCAGGUUGUAUCGUCUCCUCGAUGCGUUUCUACAAGGAAAAUUUGCAGAAGGGGAUAGGCACACAGAAACAUGAAAAGCUCACAGUACAAGUACCUACAGGCAUUGCCUCCUUCCCUAAUGAAGUCAUGCACACACCCCAGGCUUGGGCCCAGAAGAAAUACACCAACAUCGUUUCCUUCCAUUUCAUGCCUCGAGGUGGCCACUUUGCAGCUUUGGAAGAACCAGAACUUCUUGCUAAAGAUAUUCUGCAGUUUGUUGGGAAAGUAGAGAAAGAGCAACUUUGGAGAAAGAAAAGAGACUAACAAACAGCAGGAUAAUUGCUUAUAGCUUAGUACACGUACAGGCCUUACAAAGUCUACUGUAAUCCAUGUAAUUAGAUCUUACUCUUGACCAGAUGUGAGAGGGGACAGGAAGGAAAAUGCAGUAUAGCUCAAUGAGAUAGAUAGUGCUGUGGGGACCUACUGAUUUUGAGUUGCGGUUUUUUUUUGUUCAGCUAGGUUGAAGUAGCAUGAAGGUUACUUAAUUAUCUUCUCCCUCAAGCACAGACUUCUAAAAAUCUGUUCUGUAGUAUUCCAGACUCUUGCUCUGAAAUUGAAAAAUAGACCUUACAACCAAUAACAUAACAAUUAAACUUGGUAGUUUUGAAAGCCUUUUUUUCAUGGCAGCAAUAAAACUUGAGUUGGUGUAGGUGUGAGGUUCCUCACAUAAAGAACGGGGACCAGCCUUGCAAGACCUGACUUGCAUGAGUGCAUCAGUUAAUCAGCAUCAACCAUCUACAGCACCUUUAAACUAGCCAGCCGGCUACUGCCAGCUGCCUUCCUCCCAGCCUGGGCUGUUCAGCAGCUUCCAGGCCCUGAGGAAGCUCAGCUCCCCCACGCCAGGCUCCUGGGGCAGCAACAUGGGAAGAGCAGCUAAAACACACUGAGGAGGGACUGGGUGGGAGUAAUUACAGCCCAAGCUACCUCUGCACUGAAUUUGUACUCUUAACUGAAAGCGUAGCUCUGGCUAGGCUCGAGGCACAGUGGCUUUGCACUGCUUCUGCAGCGGACUGUAAAUACCUCCUACUAAAGAAUAAAAGAUUGAUUAAUUCAAAAUUAAAA